AUGUGCCGCAAUGUUGGCGAUGACAACUGGUUUUGGGCAGAGCUGCAGGAAUCUCAUGAGGUGCGCGACUCGUUCGAGCGCCUGGCGGAAACACUGGAACCCAAAAGAGUGGAUCCCAAGCACGAGCAGGAUGUGGUCCAUGCGGUGAGACGCUGUGCUGAGGAGGUUUGCCGCAGCCAUGUCACACUUUCGCCGAUCGGCUCGACGUUCAAAGGGACGGAUCUGAUCAAGACAGGUGGCGAACAGAGCGAUGUCGAUUAUGCUUUGACGGUGCAAGGCAAGACCACUACGGAAGCUGACCACGAGGAGCUGGCACGGAGGCUAGAGCAGCAUCCCAUGUUUCACGAGGUGCGGAUGGGAAGAAUCGCCCUAUCCUUCCGAACCUGCAGUGAGGGUUCGCACGCCGAUGUGGCCUGGGACAUUGUGCCAACAACAGGCAGCCACUUCAACUGGGAGCUCUUCAACUUCCCUUCCAUCUGGCACCGCAUAGAGUCGGGCCCUCGCUGGAGAGCCUGGCAUUCUGAGAGAUUGCAGCUCGAAGCAGUCUCUUCUGUAAGGCUUGACAAGCUAACGACCUGCGUGAAGUGCUGCAAGCGCUCAGUUUCCCGCCCAGCUCAAAGGGCAGCGCCGUCCGACAGGGCACAGGUGGAGAGCUUCUUGUGGCACUUCUUCCGGGAGCAGCCGGGCGCAAAGGGAGCACGGAGCACGGCCCGUGUCCUGAAGCGAAUGCUCUCUGCGAUCCCCGGCUUCAUCCUCGAGCUCCUGCUGCUCUUCUUGGACUCCCAGGACCAGCGGAUCCUGGACGAAGACCCGACGGGCCUCAAGCUGUUCCAGCGUGCCAUGCAGGCCUUCAAACUGUACCAGCUAAGGGACGAGACAAACCCGUUGAUCCUAUUGCUCAAAGACGCGCAGUCUGGGAAGGAUAGACACACGGAGCUGAAGGAGGCUUUCUCGGCAGCCAGCCAGGCAGUCCAAGCAUUCUACAACAAGGAGUGCUGCUGCGUUCCUCGUUCUGUUUGGGAGCUGAUCAUGUGCAUCGUUCAAAUUGCACUAUUUACCAUCUUGUCCCUCGUCUUCUGCAUCUUGUUUUGGUUCGCGGACAAAGAGAGGCAGUUCUCGCAGCAGGACUGCCAGACGGACUCAUGCCUCUGCAACGACUGCAACCAACAGGCUUGGAGGCGCUGGCGGCUAGAAGGCCAGGGAUCCGCCUGCCACUUCGGCUACGUUGCCAUGGAGCGGUGCUGGAUACGCUUUGUCGUCCGCGUCUGGAGGCUUGGCAUGGUGCUGCUUGUCAUGGGCUGGUGCUGCUCCCGAGGCUCCCGGAGAAGCCGGGAUGCUUUGCAUGUUCUCGUCCUGCUGGCCUCCAUGUGCCACUUCCUGUCCCACUCCUCGGACUUGUGGCCGAACCCACGGGUGUGGAUGUCUUGCUUGUUCCUGGACUUGGCGGACACUUUGCGCCUGGUGGCUUCGCUGCUGGUCGUCGUCCGAUGCUUGAAGGAUCCGCUGGGACCGAGCCAGUGGGAUCUUUCAGAGAGCUUUUCCCCCACGGUCGCAGCCGUCGCUGCUGCGAUGGUUUUCUGGCUUCUUGCUUGGCUCGCUCGCUGGCUCUGCACCUCCAUCACCUUCGAAGACCUCAUGUUUCAACAGCAUCACUUUUUCAAUGCAGUCUGCAUUGUCGCAAACACUCUCUUGGCCACGUUGUGCUUCCUUGCCUUGAGUGCGGACAGACGGAAGAAGGAGGGGAAGCUCCAGGUCCGCAAGCACACUGAGCUCAUGAAGCCCAUUGCGCUCUGCAAUCUGUUGCUUCAGCUGCUGUGGUGCAGCCUCGUGGGUGCGCAUCUCUACAUGGGCAUAGUUCAACCAGGCUCAUUCUCACAGUGGAGCUUUCUGGCAAACAUCCUGAAGACGAGUGCAGGACUCCUUCAUUUCGUUCUGCUGCUCCGCUUCGCUGAUGCCUUUGCCGCCGCGGGCCACCGAUCUCCCCCAGUGCCUUUUCUUGUGCCGAUCCGGCAGGCUUCCUAA